UCAAAAAUGAGAGUCGAUGAAGUGCCUCAUGUUCAUUAACCCUCUCCUUCACAUUCUCAAUAAUUUUACCAAGUAUAAACUACCUCGAGUUUUUAUUUAUUUUUAAUGUUUAAAUGAUGCUAAUGAAAGAGGGAAAAUAAACCGUUGUUUAGGUGGCUGUUAAUUCCAACACUCCAUGUUUUCUUGAAUGUUUCUACUUUUGAUUAUGUGGUUGAAAAUGAAAGACUCUAUCAAAAGCCCUUAAGACAUCGGUGUUGUUUUGUGGCAUUUCUUGUGGAAAUAUAUUAAGAAAGUGAUUACAGUUAGUGGCCACCUCGUGACAAUAUUUUAUUUCAACUUCAAAUUUAAUUUUUGGGAUCAUCAAAUACCAUCCGAACAGUUGAAAAUUGCAUGGUUAGUCAUUGACUAAGUAAAAGGUAUUAGUUAACUACCUUGAGGACGCGCUAAGUCUACCACUCUUGAUUCAGUUUUGUCAAAACACCGAGCCUUUGUUUUGUCAUUAAAAGAUGAUGGACUAUUGCUCCGCUUUGAUUCUUUGGUGAUCAUUGCUUCCAUGUGAAAAGUUUCCAUGUUUUAUUUCUGAGCCAACAUCACAAGUUAUUUUGAAUAAUGAACCAACGACAUAAAAUGAUUCUUCUGCUGCUGUUUCUUUUUCAAUUUCUUCUUGUAGCAGCUCAGACAGACAGUAGAGACUAUGCUGGCCUAACAUCUCUCACGCAAUCCUGGACUAACAAACCAGCAAGUUGGGUGGGAACAGAUCCUUGCGGCAGUAGUUGGGAUGGGAUUCGUUGCACCAAUUCAAGAAUUACACAAUUGAAAUUACCAGGCUUGAAUUUGGGGGGCCAGCUUUCUUCGGCAAUCCAGUCUUUGACUGAACUAGACACUGUGGAUCUUUCUUACAACACGGGCUUGACAGGAACAAUUCCACAAGAAAUUGGGAAUUUGAAAAAGCUAAAAUCCCUAGCAUUGGUUGGUUGUGGUUUCAAUGGUCCUAUUCCAGAUUCAAUUGGAUCUUUAAAGCAGCUAAACUUUCUAGCACUGAAUUCUAAUAAGUUCAGUGGAAAUAUACCACGCGCUUUUGGCAAUCUGUCAAAUAUUAAUUGGCUUGAUCUUGCUGAAAACCAACUUGAAGGGCCUAUUCCUGUAUCUGAUAACCAAGGACGACUAGGACUUGACCUGCUCCUUAAUGCCCAACACUUCCAUAUGGGGACCAAUAAGCUCUCUGGUCAAAUACCAGCAAAACUUUUUAACUCCAAUAUGAAACUGGAACAUGCGCUUUUUGAUGACAAUCAACUAGAGGGUAGUAUUCCUAGCACCAUUACUCUUGUGAGCACAUUGGAGGUGGUGCGCUUUGAUAGGAACAAGUUAAGUGGGGCAGUGCCUUCUAAUUUCAGCACACUUGGGAAACUUAGUGAGCUCUAUUUAGCUCACAAUAACCUGAAUGGCUCUCUGCCGGAUCUUAGUGGAAUGAAUAGUCUCACCUAUGUGGAUCUGAGCAACAAUAGUUUCAGUUCUUCUACUAUUCCUUCAUGGGUUUCAAGUCUGCCAGUGCUGACAACAGCGAUACUCGGGGACAACCAGCUCAGUGGCACAUUAAACCUUAGCAAUGGCUACAGCGACAGUCUGCAACUCAUUAAUUUGGAGGAUAAUCAAAUAACCAAUCUCCAGCCAAGUAAUAAAAUACCAAAUUUUCAGCUAAUACUAGCUAACAAUCCAAUUUGCCUUGAAAGUGGAGCUUCUCAAAUAAGUUACUGCCAAGUGCCCCAAACCAUUCCCUCAUAUUCAACACCAACAAAUAAUUGUGCACCUCCAUCAUGCAGUUCUAAUCAGAUUUUUAGCCCCAACUGUAAAUGUGCAUUUCCUUAUACUGGAGUUCUGUCAUCCAGAGCUCUUAGUUUCUCAAAUUAUAGCAACACAAGCUACUAUAAGGAUCUUGAGCAGACUCUGCUGAAUGCUUUUCGUGCACAACAUAUUCCAGUGGAUUCAGUUUCUCUUAGUAACCCCUUCAGAAAUUCAACUUCUGAUAAUUUUCAGCUGACUUUAGAUGUCUUCCCAGCUCAAAGUGAUCGUUUCAAUGCAACGGGAGUUUUAAGUAUUGCUUUUAUGCUUAGCAACCAAAUUUACAAACCACCAGAAUUUUUCUCCCCUUAUGUCUUCAGGGGCAAUAAUUAUGAAUUCUAUGGAGGAGAAUCAAAAGGAUCAAAGUCAAGCGGCACAGGAGUUAUAGUUGGUGCAGUCAUUGCUGCUUUGGUCUUCAUUGUACUAGCUCUCUUUGCAGGAAUAUAUGCCAUCCGCCAAAAAAGAAUAGCAAAAAGAUCUGCAGAGUUGAACCCUUUUGUAAAUUGGGAACAAAACAAGAAUAGUGGCACUGCUCCUCAGUUGAAAGGAUCACGAUGGUUUUCUUUUGAUGACCUAAAGAAAUACACCAACAACUUCUCAGAAGCCAACACUAUUGGAUCUGGAGGCUAUGGAAAGGUUUAUCAAGGUGUUCUACCCUCUGGGGACUUGGUUGCUAUCAAACGGGCUGCACAAGAAUCUAUGCAGGGUGCUGUUGAGUUUAAAACCGAGAUUGAACUUCUAUCAAGGGUCCAUCAUAAGAAUCUCGUUGGUCUUGUGGGUUUCUGUUUUGAGAAGGGUGAACAAAUGUUGGUGUACGAGUACAUUCCAAAUGGCACUGUAAUGGAUAGUCUAUCAGGAAAGUCUGGGAUCUGGAUGGAUUGGGUACGGAGGCUGAAAGUAGCAUUGGGUGCAGCCAGGGGUCUGGCCUAUCUUCAUGAACUUGCUAACCCACCAAUCAUACACAGGGACAUAAAAUCAAGCAAUAUCCUACUUGAUAAUCACCUCAAUGCAAAAGUUGCAGAUUUUGGUCUCUCCAAACUUCUUGUUGAUAGUGAGAGGGGCCAUGUUACUACUCAAGUCAAAGGGACAAUGGGAUACUUGGAUCCGGAAUACUACAUGACUCAGCAGUUGACUGAAAAGAGUGAUGUUUAUAGCUUUGGAGUGCUAAUGCUUGAACUAAUAACAGCAAGAAGGCCUAUAGAGCAAGGAAAGUAUAUUGUAAGAGAGAUAAGGAGGGUAAUGGACACAUCAAAAGAUUUAUACAACCUUCAUUCCAUUCUAGAUCCAACCGUAAUAAAACAAACAAGACCAAAAGGUUUAGAAAAGUUUGUGAUCUUGGCAAUGAGGUGUGUCAAAGAAUAUGCUUCUGAGAGACCUACAAUGGCUGAAGUUGUGAAAGAGAUUGAGAACAUAAUCGAGCUUGUUGGAUUGAACCCCAAUGCUGAAUCAGCUUCAGCAUCAGAAACCUAUGAGGAAGUGAGUGGAGGAAAUGUUAAACAUCCUUAUGGCGACGAAGAUUUUAGCUAUAGUGGAAUCUUUCCAUCAACAAAGGUUGAACCUCAAUAAGUUUUUGUAUAUUUUCUUUUGUAAUUCUUUUCCAUCUUCAAAUGCUAUUAGAUCUGGUGUGUCAAUUUUGGAUUCAAAUCCUCAUUCGACAUAUAGGCUGAUGCUAUAGAAAAGCCUGUUCCUCAUAGAAAAUGACGAGGAUUCAAGUUGACUUUUUAAACUGAUUGGCUUCAUGUCAUUGGAAAGUGUAUUGCUUAUGUCAACAAUGGUUUUGCCUGAAGGGAGAAGAGGAAUGGUCGUGGUGAUGGAAUGCCAUUCCGAGUUGUACUUAUAUCUUUGUUCUAGUCAUGAAAAUAGUUUGUGAAUUUUGUAUUGCUGUAAUAUUUGAAUGUAAGUAUAAUUAUUGGGCAUUGAAUUUUCG